AUGCUCAGGCUUCAGAAGAGGCUCACCUCUAGUGUCCUCCACUGUGGCAAGAAGGAGGUCUUGUUAGACACCAGUGAGACCAAUGAAAUAGCCAGUGCCAACUCCCGUCAGCAGAUCCAGAAGCUGAUCAAAGAUGGGCUGAUCAACUGCAAGCCUGUGAUGGUCCAUUCCUGGGCGCGAUGCCAGAAAAACACCUUGGCCCGCCUGAAGGGCAGGCACAUGGGCAUAGGUAAGCGGAAGGGUACAGCCAAUGCCCGAAUGCCAAAGAAGGUAACAUGGAUGAGGAGAAUAAGGAUUCUGCUCUGGUUGCUCAGAAGACACUGUGAGUCUAAGAAGAUUGAUCGCCACGUGUAUCACAGCCUAUACCCGAAGGUGAAGGGGAAUGUGCUCAAGAAUAGCUUAAAAUAGGAGGAC